CGCCGCGCCAGUACGGCCCCGACCGGCGUGUAGAGCGGACCGCCUCGCUGUGUCGCUGCGCUGCGUGGAUGUUGUGAUCGCGUGUGUGGUCGACGAGUUUGUGUUUGUGUGUGUGUGUGUGUGUGUGUGAGUGAGUGUGUGCCAGUGCCACAGUGUCAGUGCGAGUGAGAUGGAGUGAGCCGUGUGCCGCCCCUCUUUGCCGUGUGCCAAAGUGAAAGAGUGAGAGGGAGGGAGGGCAGAAGAGGAGCGUUACAGUGCUGCUGUCAGUGGCCGGCCCCGUCCGGCCCGGGGCGCCCGGCGCAGACCUGGCGCACGGAGGCACGCUGAGUCUGUUCCAGGGAACCGGUGGACUCUCCCACGGAGUGACGAUGCGGGAGAAGAAGGGCGGGGCGCUCAGCCGCGUGCAGAAGCUCAAGAAGCGCCUGAGUCACAGCUUCGGCAGAUUAUCUAUAUCCAAGGAGGACUCGGACCACUCCAACCGGGGCGCCAAGCUGCCCUUCAACGGCUACAGUGACGAGUUCCUGGACCGGCUCGAGCCCAACGGCAACAUCCCCAACGAGAAGGACUGCAGAUUCGACUGGGAGCACGAGGGAGUGCGGCGACAGCUGUCCGUCUCGUCCGACUCGAAGCUCCUCGACGAGGACAUCCGGGAGGAGGCCCGCGUCAUCCUCAGGCCCAAGAAGCCCCCGAGGCCCAAGUCGGAGGUGUUCCUCAACAAGCAGGCGCAGGACCCCAACCGCCGGAGGACCAAGCGCUUCUCCGCCUUCGGGGGUGACUCCCCGUUCGGCAAGUCUGACGCGUACGUCAAGCUGGAGCAGCUCGGCGAGGGGUCAUACGCCACCGUCUUCAAAGGCUUCAGCAACCUGACGAACCAAGUGGUGGCGCUCAAGGAGAUCCGGCUGCAGGAGGAGGAGGGCGCCCCCUUCACCGCCAUCCGAGAGGCGUCGCUGCUCAAGGACCUCAAGCACUCCAACAUCGUGACCCUCCACGAUAUCGUGCACACCAGGCACACGCUCACCUUCGUGUUCGAGUAUGUGCACACCGACCUGUCGCAGUACAUGGAGAGGCACCCGGGUGGCCUGGAGCUGCACAACGUCCGCCUGUUCCUCUUCCAGCUCCUGCGAGGGCUGUCCUAUUGCCACAAGCGGCGCGUGCUGCACCGAGAUGUCAAACCCCAGAACCUGCUCAUCAGUGAAGCAGGGGAGCUCAAAUUGGCAGACUUCGGUCUUGCUCGUGCCAAAUCGGUGCCGUCCCAUACCUACUCACACGAGGUCGUGACCCUAUGGUAUAGGCCACCGGACGUGUUAUUAGGAAGUACUGAAUAUUCCACAUCUCUAGAUAUGUGGGGAGUAGGUUGUAUAUAUGUCGAGAUGAUUACGGGCAUUCCCUUGUUUCCUGGGGUUCGUGAUACGUAUGAUCAACUUGACAAGAUUUUCAGGAUAUUAGGGACACCAACUGAAGAAACAUGGCAAGGCUCAACUCAUCUACCAGGUUUUAAUCUUAACAAAUUGUGUUUGUACCGCCCUCAAAGACUUGGGCUUGCAAUACCACGCCUAUAUGAUAUUAAAGAUGGAGAAAAUAUGGCUUCAUCCUUGCUUCAGCUGAACCCUGACAAGCGCCUUGGAGCAGAGGAAGCGUUAAGACAUCGUUAUUUUCAAUCAUUGCCAAAGAAGUUAUAUGAACUGCCAGACGAAGCAUCUGUUCUUGAUGUAGAAGGUGUCCACUUGUACCCCGAACUACGAAUUUCUGGGAAAACCUGAGGGUUGGAGGCGCGACGGUCGCCUGGGUACCCCAACUAUCGAGCGUACCUCACAUGAAGUGCUGCCUGAUCAUUGUCAUGUGGUGGACUCGCCGUCCCGUCCUAAGUGGUGCUCGUUCGUCCUCGUCGUCUACCUUCUGUGCCACAUUUAGUCUAUUUCAUACAUGGUGCAUAGAGGAUUGUCAACAGAGUCCAUUCUUUUUUUAAGGAUGAAAAGUGUUGGUUGUGAUGUCACAAAAAAUCAAUCUGUACGUCAGUCUACCUUAUCUGGCAUUGGCGUAAACACAAACCGUUCUCCAUCCUCUGGGAGAAACUUGUUUUCUCUGUUUGUUGAUCGUUGUUGAAAUGUUGAUUUAGGUAUGUUGUUAUUAUCUUAUUGAUGAAGUGACUAUGAUGGCUGGAUAAUGUGAUUCAUUACACACCAACACAUGGAAGUUUUCAUCUUUCUGUUUUUAUGUUUAGUCUAUGCAUUCUAUUGUUUUUGUUGUUGAAGUAGUGUUUGGAAUGAUGUGCAAACCAUUUCUCCUCCCUAUUCAUUAUUCUGAAAACGUGUUUAGUCAUUGAGGAAAUCUACCAUUUCAUAUGAGGAUAAAUUUAAAUCAAGCCAGUAAACCAUAGGAUCACAUUUCCUCGUACUUUGAAUACUUUCAUUAAGAUGGUAGUGGGUUGUUGUUUUUCUUAUCGGUCUCGUGCUCAGUGCAAGUUCUAAUUUUUGAGAUGUAAUUUUGUGAUUUUACAGUUUAUACUAUACUUCACAAUAACUAAUUUUCUCUUUUAAUUCAUGUUUUACAUAUUUCUGUUUCAUGGCAUUAACUUUACAGUUCAUAGUAAUUAUUUUCUGAAGAUUGUAAACACAAUCUUAUGACUCCCAUUCUUGGGUUCAACGUAAAACAAAUUAGUCCAUAGAAUAUCUCUUUUCUUUGGAAGCCACCAGUUGACUUGAAUUGAGGACUUCAGAAUGGAUAAUAUCUAAUUGUUCUUCUACUAUAAUUUGUCAUCUUGGUAAAUUUUAGAACUUCAUUACUAUUCUUGUUUUAUGAGUGGUAUCGCAUCUCAUUAAUGAAAAGGAAGAACAUUUUUAGUAUGACAAAACUAGCAGAAAUUUAAGCAUGUGAUGAUAUGUGGAGAAGUGCUGGAGAGAUGACGAUUAUCUUGCCACUUAAAACAUAAAAGGCCUGACCUAUAUAAAUUCAUACCCACCUUCAUCAUCUCUUGCAAUGAGCUCUUAUCAUUCCCAACCCACCUGUCGAAAUUGUCAAUGCCUCUAGCAAGGCUGCUCAUGAUUCUUAUGUAUUUCUUACAUACUAUUGUUGCCAAUUAAUAACAAAGAGCAAAUCCUUUUUUUCAUUUCAGAUACUGAAAUGAAUUUUUAGUAUGACACUCAGCCAAUGGGUAACACAUCCUUACAAAUUCUAUGUACUCUAGUCCCAUUCUUCUUGUGUUGGUAAGAUCAUUCCAGAGUCCUUCCUUUAGGCUAGGGCGCUCAGCAGAAAUUUAUAUCAAAUAAACAUGUUUUACUAAUUAAUGUUGUGAAAUAAUAUUUGUCAUUUACCAAUAAUGUAACUGUGAUACAAUUGUCUCUCUCAAUUCUUCAUUUUUUUUGUUUGUAUAGUAUAAAUUAAUGCUCAGACUCCUUGCAUUUUCUACAUGUGUAUUUUUUUAAUUGCUUUGAUUAAUCGGAUGUAAUGUCUAGUUCUAGAUGUAAAGUACAAGUUUGUUGCAGAUGAAAGUCAUGUAACAAGAGAGAUGUACUGUGUACUGUGAUACACCAUCAGCCAUACUCUCUUGGAAAGUUUCAAUUAACAUGAGGGGAGGAAAGAUCUUUGGUUAUGCAAUACUUUACUUUGUCUUUAAGCACAUUAUUUUGAAAAUAGCAACAAAUACUGUACUCUCCUGUAUGCUUCAAAAAUUUACUGUAGCCAAUAUGUGCCAUUAGCUAAAGUAAGUGCUGGAUUCUAUGGAUCGAAUACAUUUUUACAUGGCUCAACUUGUACCAUUCAGGAAGUUAUAGAAACUGUAAUUUAAUUAUUAGUUGCAAAAUACAGUAUAAACACCAUAGUUUGAAGAUGGGAGGUAAAAUUUGUAAGCCACAGUAAAUUUUAGUAGCAAAUCUAUGUCAAAAUGAUUCUUGAAAAAAAGACAAAUAUUUCUGGUCUCAUCUUCUUUUUUUUAGUUCGAAUCAGACAACGGUGUAAACGGUUUUGUAUGUUUGUAUGGAGAAGUAUAGAGUAGAGAAGAAAAGCGUGAACUUCAUCCAGAAAUAUGCAGUUAUAGAAACUCAUUUUGCUUUUCUUCUUUAGUCCAGACUUUUUUGUAUACUUUCAAGAAAAUUUCAAAUAAGCUGAGUUAUGUUAUUUAUUCUGCAACAAAGUUAAAGAACUGAUUGUGUCCAAGAUCCACAUAUUAUUACCUAGAAGGUAGAAAGUCUGAUCAGAAGAAAGUCUGUUUGGGUGAGAUUGAUCUUCCCUCCUGUAUCUUCAUAUCACCAAAAGAAAUUUCUGUUACUUGCGUCUUGCCAGUAUUUUCUAUGCACACAAAUCUUUAGUGAUAAUUUUCUUUUAAAGAUUUCCUAUCAAUGAGUUCCAUAGUACAUAUAUGCUCAGUCUAAAUUUCAUGGCACUCGUGUUCUGAAUUAGUUUUUUAAACAGUUGCGUGCACCGUCCUUGUUAAUUCUAUUACUGUCCAACAAUAGAACUGAGAGUAUUGAAGCCAUAUUCUCUCAGCUCAUUCUCGGGCACAGAGGUGAUAUUUAGAUUAAUUCACACAUGUUAAUUAUGCCAUAAACUCCCAUAGAUUUUAAAGCUUUAAAUUACUUUUUAAAUAUAUGCUUAGUUUGUGGUUCAAGCCUCUUGCUAACUACAGAAAGCAUUUUGUAACAAUAUACAUUCAUUAUAUUUAUUGUGUUAUUGAACAAGAAUGUAUAUAGAGAGGAAAGCGGAGUAUUUCUUCUUUUUUUCAUGUACAUUAGUGAAUUUACAUCAUGUAUGUAUAGAAGUUCUUAAAAUUAAAAAAAAAAGUGUAAAUGUAUUUGUCCAUAAACAUGUGUCAUUCGGUUGUUAAUAUUUCAUACAAAAAACUGUCAAACCAGACGAAAAUAAAGCAUCCUCAAGUACAGCUGGA